CUCUUUAGGGGCAUGGCUUGGAACGGAUCUCCGGAGACUCGGCGGGCGGACCUCACCUGGCACACGCACACAUGGACGGGCAGGCGGGGAGCUGCUGGCCUGAUAGGGAAGCUGACAGAGAUGAUCCAUGGAUGGCCGAGAAGAGCUUCCUCAGCGGGGCAUGGCAGGUGCGGCGGCCGGCUGCGAGUGCGCGCAGAGCGGCGUCUUAAGCUCCGGCUGACCGGGCGAUGCUGCUCCUGCUUGGAGGAAGAAGGAGAUUGCUUUUUUUUUUGGACGUGCCUCUCUUGCAUCCGCAGUGCGGCUGCGAAUUGACAUCUGCAGAGAGUACAGGUGCAGAAUGCCCUUCAUCUCGGAAGAGCCUUGAUCCUGAUUGACCGUCAGUAGUGGUCUUUUGUCUCCUUCCCAUUCCUUGCAGCCCCCCUCGGCUUCCCCACAGCCAUGACGUCCCAUGCCAGGAUACGGACCUGCUUUUUUCUAUGCCACUUCCUCUCAGCAUUGGGGCCGCUCGUAAUGUCAAAGAUGGCCGUACGAGCGCCACAGUCUCACGGCUCCGGUUCCCAAGUUCUCACGGCAUCUGUCGAGGAGAAAGAGUAUGCGUCGUUUCGCGCAGAAAAUCCUGAAUGGACAUUCAACCAUUUGGCGGUGGACUAUCGCAAUGGCAACAUUUACUUAGGAGCUGUCAAUCGCAUCUAUAAACUGUCACCAGGCUUGGAGUUGCAGGUCUCUCACGAAACCGGCCCAGACGAGGACAACCGCAAGUGCUACCCACCGCGGAUCGUGCAGCCUUGUAGUGAGCCACUCACGCUCACCAACAAUGUCAACAAGAUGCUACUGAUGGACUACCGAGAAAACCGCCUGCUGGCGUGCGGCAGCCUCUACCAGGGCAUCUGCAAACUCCUGCGCCUGGAUGACCUCUUCAAGCUUGGAGAGCCUUUCCAUAAAAAGGAACACUACCUCUCUGGUGUCAAUGAGAGCGGGUCCGUGUUUGGCGUCAUUGUUUCCUACGGCAACGCCUCCCCGGACAUGCUGUUUGUCGCCACUGCGGUGGACGGCAAGCCGGAGUACUUCCCCACCAUCUCCAGUCGCAAGUUGGCCAGGAACUCUGAGGAGGAUGGGAUGUUUGCCUACGUCUUCCACGAUGAGUUUGUGGCCUCAAUGAUUAAGAUCCCCUCAGACACUUUCACUGUCAUACCAGACUUUGACAUUUAUUACAUUUAUGGCUUUGCCAGUGGAAGCUUUGUCUACUUCCUUACGUUGCAGCCAGAAAUGGGGGGCGGCCCUACCACCGGGUCCUCUUCCGCGGGGCGAGAACAGGUUUACACCUCGAAGAUAGUCCGCCUAUGUAAAGCAGACACCGCCUUCAACUCGUACGUGGAGGUGCCUAUCGGAUGCGUCAGUGGCAAUGUGGAGUACCGACUGCUGGAGGCGGCCUACCUGUCUAAAGCGGGCGCCAACUUGGCACGCUCACUGGACGUCGCGCCGGACGACGACGUCCUGUUUGCCGUCUUCUCCAAGGGCCAGAAGAGACGUCCUCAGCAGGAGUCCCUGGACUCGGCACUGUGUGUCUUCUCCCUGCGCAAAAUCAAUGAGAGGAUCAAGGACAGGCUGCAGUCGUGCUACAAGGGCGAGGGCACGCUCGACCUAGCCUGGCUCAAGGUCAAAGAUAUCCCCUGCAGCAGUGCGCUCCUGACCAUUGACGAUGACUUCUGCGGCCUGGACAUGAACGCGCCGCUCGGCGUGUCGGAGAUGGUGCAUGGCAGGGCUCUCUUCUCCGAUGCCAGCGAUAAGAUGACCUCCGUCGUGGCCUACGUCUACAAGAACCACUCGCUGGUCUUCGUGGGCACCAAGAGCGGGCGUGUGAAGAAGAUCCGAGUGGACAGCUCCUCACGCGCCCUUCAGUACGAGACGGUGCAGACGGUGGAAAGCGGACCGGUCCUCCGUGACAUGGCCUUCUCCUCGGAUCACUACUACCUCUACGUCAUGUCCGAGACCCAGCUUUCCAGGAUGCCGGUGGAGGCCUGCGGUCAGUACUCCACCUGUCGUGAAUGUCUCGGAUCGGGAGACCCUCACUGCGGCUGGUGCGUCCUGCACAGCAUGUGCACCAGAAAGGAGAAAUGCGAGCGCUCGUCGGAGCCUCGUCGGUUUGCGUCCGACAUCAAGCAGUGCGUGCGCCUCAGCGUGCACCCCAGCAACAUUUCCGUCUCCCAGUUUAGCGUGACGUUGAUCCUGGAAGCCCACAACGUGCCGGAACUUUCCGCUGGGGUGAACUGCACGUUUGAGGAUCUGGCAGAGAUGAACGGGCUGGUGGAGGGCAACCGCAUCAAGUGCUUCUCCCCCGCCGAGAAGGAGAUGCCACGCGUGGUCGUCGACAAAAGCGACCACCAGAUCGUGCAGCUCUAUCUCAAGUCCAAGGAGACCGGCUUGGCAUUCGCAAACACCAGUUUUGUAUUUUACAACUGCAGCGUCCACAAGUCGUGCUUGUCAUGCGUGAGCAGCCCAUACCAGUGCCACUGGUGCAAAUACAGACACGACUGUACGCACGACCCUCGCACGUGCUCCUUUCAGGAGGGUCGAGUCAAGAAGCCGGGGGAGUGUCCCCAGCUGCUGCCGGCCGAGCGCAUCCUGGUGCCGGUGAACGUGGUGAAGCCCAUCACGCUGUGGGCCAAGAACCUGCCCCAGCCCCAGUCGGGCCAGCGGGGCUACGAGUGCCUGCUGACCAUCCAGGGCAAUGAGCACCGCGUCCCUGCCCUGCGCUUCAACAGCUCUUCUGUGCAGUGCCAGAACACGUCGUACUUCUACGACGGGAUGGAGAUGAGCAGCCUUCCCGUGGAGCUGACCGUCAUCUGGAACGGCGACUUUAGCAUCGAUAAUCCCGCCCACAACAAAGUCCAUCUGUACAAGUGCGACGCCCAGCGCGGGAGCUGCGGCCUGUGCCUGAAGGCGGAUCCUCUGUUUGGCUGCGUCUGGUGCAAAGGGGAGAACCGCUGCACGCUCAAGCAGCACUGCCCGCACCCCGAACACCUGUGGCUGGAACACAACGGCAUCAACAGCAAGUGCACGCACCCGCGCAUCACCCAGAUUACUCCCCUGCGGGGUCCGAGGGAAGGCGGCACCCUCGUAACCAUUCGCGGCGACAACCUGGGCCUGGAGUUCCGAGAGAUCCAGGGGAACGUGAAGGUGGCGGAGGUGGAGUGCACGCCCAUCCGAGACGGCUACAUCCCGGCAGAGCAGAUCGUGUGCGAGAUGGGCCGUGCCGAGAAGAGUCAGUACACGGGCAACGUCAAGGUGUGCGUCGGCGUCGGCGAGUGCCGGCCGGAAUUCACGGCCAAGUCGUCCAAAUACUACUAUUUUGUGAUUCCGAGGAUCCACAGCAUCAAGCCGAGCAGGGGGCCCGUCUCCGGGGGAACGGUGGUCAGCAUCACAGGGAGCCACCUGGACGCCGGCAGCAACGUGUCCGUCAUGUUUAAGGACCAGCCGUGCACCUUUCUCAAGCGCGAGGGCCUGUGGCUGACGUGCCGCACGCACGCGUCGUCGGAGGGCUACGGCAACGUGUCUGUGUCCGUGAGCAUCGACAAGGCCCAGCUCCAGAAGGACCUGCGCUUCGAGUACGUGGAGGAUCCCACCAUCACCAAGAUAGAACCCAAAUGGAGCAUUUACAGCGGACACACUCCCGUGACAGUGACGGGAACCAACCUGGACAUUAUCCAGACGCCGCUCAUCAGAGCCAAAUACGACAGCCAUGAAACACUCAACUUUUGCCAGGUCCUGAGCCCGACAUCCAUGCAGUGUCAGGCCCCGGAGCUUCCCAUCAGUCCGGCCCAGCAGCAGGAUGCGCCAGAGACGCCCGAUGAGUUCGGCUUCAAGCUGGAUGACGUGCAGGCGGUCAUGGCGCUCAACAACACUAACUUCAUCUACUAUCCAAAUCCCGAGUUCGAGCCUCUCAGCACCUCGGGCGUUUUGGAGCUUAAACCCGGAUCGCCCAUCAUACUGAAGGGGCGGAACUUCCUGCCACCCACCAGCAGCGGGAAUGGAAAGAUGAACUACACCGUCCUCAUCGGGGAGAAGCCCUGCAUGCUGACCGUGUCCGACAGCCAGCUGCUCUGCGAGUCGCCCAACCUGACGGGCCGCCACAAGGUUCUGGCUCGCGUGGGGGGAAUUGAGUUCUCGCCCGGUGUGGUCCACAUCACUUCGGACAGCCCGCUCAGCAGCACGGCCAUCAUCAGCAUCGCGGCGGCCGGCGCCCUGCUGCUCCUCGCCAUCGUCAUGGUGCUCAUUGCCUACAAGCGCAAGUCGCGCGAGAGCGACCUGACGCUCAAGCGGCUGCAGAUGCAGAUGGACAACCUCGAGUCACGGGUGGCGCUGGAGUGCAAGGAGGCUUUUGCAGAGCUGCAGACGGACAUCCACGAGUUGACGAGCGACUUGGAUGGCGCGGGGAUCCCCUUCCUGGACUACAGGAUGUACACCAUGAGGGUCCUGUUCCCGGGAAUCGAGGAGCAUCCUGUGCUCAGAGACCUGGAGGUGCCAGGCUACCGACAGGAGCAGGUGGAGAAGGGCCUGAAGCUGUUCAGCCAGCUGAUCAACAACAAGGUCUACCUGCUGUGCUUCAUUCGCACGCUGGAGGCGCAGCGCGGCUUCUCCAUGCGCGACCGCGGCAACGUGGCCUCGCUCAUCAUGACGGUGCUGCAGAGCAAGCUGGAGUACGCCACCGACGUGCUCAAGCACCUGCUGUCCGACCUCAUUGACCGCAACCUGGAGAGCAAGAACCACCCUAAGCUCCUCCUCCGCAGGACCGAGUCUGUGGCGGAAAAAAUGCUGACCAACUGGUUCACCUUUCUCCUCUACAAGUUUCUCAAGGAGUGCGCGGGGGAACCACUCUUCUCGCUCUUCUGCGCCAUCAAGCAGCAGAUGGAGAAAGGCCCGAUCGACUCCAUCACGGGAGAGGCACGCUACUCGCUUAGCGAGGACAAGCUCAUAAGACAGCAGAUCGACUACAAGACGCUGGUGGUGAACUGCAUUCACCCGGAGAAUGAGAAAAGCCCAGAGAUUCAGGUGAAGGCGCUCAACUGUGACACCAUCAGCCAGGUGAAGGAGAAGAUCCUGGACGCCAUCUACAAGAACGUGCCGCACUCGCACCGCCUCAAAGCCUCUGACAUGGACCUAGAGUGGCGUCAAGGCCGAGGUCAGCGUGUGAUCCUGCAGGACGAGGACGUCACCACCAAGAUCGAAGGCGACUGGAAAAGACUCAACAUGCUGGCCCACUAUCAGGUGCCCGACAAUGCCGUGAUGGCCUUGGUUCCCAAGCAAGUGACAGCCUAUAACUCGGUGAACAACUCCACUGUGUCCCGAACGUCUGCAAGCAAAUAUGAGAACAUGAUCAAGUACACGGGAAGCCCCGACAGCCUGCGCUCGCGGACGCCCAUGAUCACGCCCGACCUGGAGAGCGGCAUCAAAGUGUGGCACCUGGUCAAGAACCACGAGCACGGCGACCAGAAGGAGGGCGACCGCGGCAGCAAGAUGGUCUCCGAGAUCUACCUGACCAGACUUCUGGCCACCAAGGGCACGCUGCAGAAGUUUGUGGACGACCUCUUCGAGACCAUCUUCAGCACGGCGCACCGAGGAAGCGCCCUGCCGCUCGCCAUCAAGUACAUGUUUGACUUCCUGGACGAGCAGGCCGACAAACACAACAUCCACGACCCGCACGUGCGGCACACAUGGAAAAGCAACUGCCUACCUCUGCGUUUCUGGGUGAACGUGAUCAAGAACCCUCAGUUUGUGUUCGACAUCCACAAGAGCAGCAUCACCGACGCCUGCCUGUCUGUGGUGGCCCAGACCUUCAUGGACUCCUGCUCCACCUCGGAGCACCGCCUUGGGAAGGACUCGCCCUCCAACAAGCUGCUGUAUGCCAAGGACAUCCCCAGCUACAAGAGCUGGGUGGAGAGGUACUACUCAGACAUCAGCAAGAUGCCAGCCAUCAGCGACCAGGACAUGAACGCCUACUUGGCCGAACAAUCGCGCAUGCACAUGAACGAGUUCAACAGCAUGAGCUCGCUGAGUGAGAUCUACUCCUACGUGGGCAAAUACACUGAGGAGAUUGUCUGCGCACUGGAGCAGGACGACGCGGCCAGGAAGCAGAGGCUGGCCUUCAAGCUGGAGCAGGUGGUGGCCUUCAUGACGUUGGAGAGCUGAGGACCGCAUUUCCCAGGGUGCACUGGGAAGAAGACGCAUCCAA